CCACAUUGCAUUUAGAUGCAUCUAGCUUUCAUGAUUUCCGUUGUUUCGAGAACCAUUCAGUGCCUAUGUCGACCUUGUCAGUAUUAGACUUGUUUGGUGUCAAGGGCCGUGUGGCCCUGGUGACGGGUGGCUGUUCUGGGUUGGGAUUGAUGAUCGCAAAGGGUCUCGUAUCGAAUGGUGCAAAGGUCUAUGUGACAGCUUUGCCAACAGAUGACAUCGAAGGUGUUGUGACUGAGUUGUCUCAACUGGGGAAGACAUCUGGCGGAAGCGCUGUUGGGUUUGCCGGAGACGUGUCUUCGAAAGAAGGCAUCGCCGCCAUUGGAAAAGAAAUCGAGAAGCACGAGACUCAUCUUGACAUUCUGUGUUCGAACGCUGGUAUACGCCGGGAUCCUCCCCAGACGUGCAAUGUGAAGACUGCACCACUGGAUGAAUUGCAGAGUUCAUUGUGGUCAUCGCGGCAUUCCGACUGGGAUGAUAGUUUCCGGGUCAAUGUGACAGCCCAUUACUUUUUAUCCGUGGCUCUCUUGAAACUGCUGGUAGCUGCGGGGGAACUUGAUCUGGGAAACGGCCGAAAAGGAAGGGACGAAGGUCGUGGAGUUGUGAUCAUUACCAGCAGUUGUGCCAGUAUGCAUAACUGCACGAAUGUCGACUUGACAAGUUAUGCUGCUAGCAAGGCCGCCAUCGACCAUUUGGUGCCAUUGCUAGCAAGUAAAUUUGCAAGAUGGUAUGUCCGGGUCAAUGCCAUAAACCCUGGUUUCGUACCGAGCAAAAUGAACCCUGUGGAGGAAGGAGACAACCAGUUCGCAGAACUUUUCAAGGCCAUGCCUGCAGCGCGUAUCGGCAAACCGGAAGACAUUGCUGGUGCAGUGUUGUACCUUAGCAGUCAAGCAGGGGCUUAUGUCGAUGGCCGUUGUCUGUGUAUCGACGGUGGCCGAGUUCUGCUCGCAAAUGGGCAAUAAUGAAAGUUUGCAAUCUUCAAGCAUUGCGAAAAGUAGAUAAGGAGGAAAAGGAGUACAUUUGGUUUAGGAAGCUCACUUGAAUAUAUGUUUGAUGAAAUCUGCAUGGCGCCAUGAAGCUUACCUGAAUCCAAAUAAAUGACCCAUUUAGGAAAGAGAGAAUAGACAAGGCUCGCUUGUUCCUUCUGCAAAGGCAUGACCCUGCAGCGACAGUCAUAUAGCAUCAAGAUGUUGCCUGAACACGCUCU